CUCUCAAGAGACUGUAGUAGUUGGCGGUGAGGAUUGAGGAACGUGAGUUUGAUAUCCGAAAGAAGAAGAAAAAAUCUGGGGACGUCUCUGUCCAUGGAGCAAAAUCAGAAGCUUGAGCUGAUCAGCCUCGCGAUUCAGAAUCUUACUGAAGAGAAGAGGAAUCAAUGUCUUGACGCUCAAGACGAUGAUGCCGAAUACCAACUCGCUCUUUCCCGACUACUCUCUGAGUUGGAGAUGUUGAAAGGAGAAGGUGCACUUGAGCAAUCUGAAGCCUCUGGCCCCACAGAGCUGGUGCCUUCUGCAACUGAAGAAAUAGAAAAUAAGAAUGUCAAACUUGGUGAAGUAGAUGAGACAUGUUCAGGAAAUGAUGAAAUAGUGAAAGAGCUGAAGAAGUUGAAAAGGCAGAAUUUUAUUACUCAUUGUCUUCUUUCGGUCAUGAUUGUCCUCACUGUAACUUGGCAAAUAUCAGAGGUUUCUCUUGUUUUGAAAGUGAAAGAUGGACUGAAUCACCCAUUUAGAGCCUUUGGAAGUCUGUUUACAGGGAUGUUCAGAGCCCCUGAUAUGAAUGGGCAGGGAGCAGAUGAUAAAGAAGACCAAUCAGAAUCUCCAGUUCUUCCUUCUCUGAAGAUUCCAGAUAUGCCUCAAGUGGAUAUUCCAAAUUUAGGUUCCAAUAUUGGAGAAUGAAUCCAGUUUUAUUGUUUCUAGUCAUUGUCUGAAAAGUGGUUGAAACUUGAAGGUGAGACUAAAUGGAGGGGACCAAAACAUACAGACUAGUGGCUCUUCCUGUUCUCACGUGCCUACCAAUUCAAGGAUUAUUUUCAAGGUAUUACAUGUCUAAAUGGCAGAUGCUGCUUUCUUUUAUUUCACUCGUUAGUUUGUGCGAUGUAAUGUUUUUCUCUGUCAGGUUUAACAAUGGAUGUCUGCAAACAUUCCAGGAAAAUGCAAAAUCCACUUUCUAUGCCGUA